UUCGCCGGCCGCGCAGGCCCCGAGUUUUCGCUCGGAGGCCCGAUACCGGCGCGGCCGUGCGUCGCACUCAGACCCGCAUCGACCGUCGACGCGGUCGGGCCCUCACGCAGUCGAGGACGUCGCCCACGGGUACGCGUGCUCUUGCCUCCGCCGCCGCAUCCUCAUGGCUCAGAGACGCGGCGUGUUCGGACCCUUGGCUCUGGGCACCGCGCUGGCGUCCGCGGUACUCGCGGCUGCCCUGUCGCUGCCCCCGGCCUCGAUGGCCCUGACGCUGGCUCCGGACCCCGAGUCCGGAACAGAGCCCGGCGACGUCGUCGGACCCACGCCGCACCGACCCCGGUACCUGGGACCCUGCAACCGGGUGCCGCCUGGCGUGGUCACCGAGCGCUCGCCGGGCUACAACAACUUCAGCAUCGUCAUCUCGGGCAACCCGAAGAAGUACGUGCCCGGAGAAGCGUACACGGUAUCCAUACAAGGGCGCAAAGAGGCGCUUGGGGGAGCCACGUCGCAGAAGUUUAUAGGAUUCAUGCUAGUAGUUGAAUCCCAGGAUCAAAAUAGAAUCACCCAAGACGUGGGAAGUUUUCAGUUAUUCGGCGAUGCGUUGUCUAAAUUUUCAGAAGACUGCCCGCACGCGGUGGUGCAGACUUCGCUCGUGCACAAGGCAGAGGUCAGCGUGCUGUGGGUCGCACCGCCGGCGGGCUCCGGAUGCGUUCUAUUCAAAGCCACAGUAGUGGAAAAUCGGGACGCAUGGUACAUGGACGAAGGAGAAUUAACUAAGGAGCUAUGCCAAGAAGAGCAGCAGAACGACGACGAGCAACCAGAAGUGCUUGACGAAUGUUGCGCCUGCGACGAAGCCAAGUACGAGAUGACCUUCGAGGGACUCUGGUCGAGAUACACGCACCCCAAGGGAUUCCCGGACAACGAGUGGCUGACCCAUUUUUCGGACAUAAUCGGUGCCUCGCACGCGGCUGACUUCAAGAUGUGGGAGUACGAGGGAUUCGCCUCGGAGGGAGUCAAGAGCGUCGCCGAGCACGGCGCCACCAAGAAGCUCGAGUCCGAGCUCAAGGCCAAGUCGGGCAAGAUCAGGACCAUUGUCAAGGCCCGCGGUCUGUGGUACCCGAACGUGAACGGGAAGACGUUCGCCGUGUUCCGCGUGGACAAGAAGCACCACGUGAUGUCUGUACUCUCCAUGCUGGGCCCGAGCCCGGACUGGAUCGUGGGCGUCAGCUCGCUCGAGCUCUGCCUCAAGAACUGUUCCUGGAUCACCGAGAAGACCAUGAACCUCUAUCCAUGGGACGCAGGGACCAGCGAGGGCGUCACGUACGUCAUUGGUCAGCGCGAAGCCACAUCACCCCAACAGCGGAUCCAGAAGAUCUCGUCGAGCCACCCGCACCACCCAGACUCGCCUUUCUACGACCCCACCGGGGCUCCGAUGAAACCCGUGGCCCGCUUGACGGUCACGAGGCAGCGUAUCUACGAGAAGUCAUGCGACGAAGACGUCGAACCCAACACGCCAGCGCCGCUGGAGACGCCUUCUCCCAUCGACCUGAGGCCCGAGUGCGCCGUCACAGAGUGGUCCAGCUUCGGGUCAUGCAGCGUGACUUGCGGACAGGGCGUGAGAACGCGGACUCGCAACUUCAUCAUGCGCGACAAGGCGUUCAUGUUCAAUUGCAAGACGCAACUGGUCGACCGGGAGGUGUGCGAGAUUGACUGCGCCGGGGGCGUGAGCUGUGAGACGACGCCGUGGAGUGAGUGGAGCGAGUGCAGCGUCACCUGCGGCAAAGGUGUGCGCAUCCGGCAGCGAAAGUACAAGCAGCACAUGGCCAGGAAGCGCUGCACGCUCGAUCUCAUGGAGAAGGAGAUGUGCGUCGCCGACAUGCCAACAUGCAAGGACGCCCCCGAAGUGCUGGACCCGAACUGCGCGGUGACCCAGUGGGCGGAGUGGUCUCCGUGCACGGCCACCUGCGGCAAAGGCAUUAAGGUCCGCACGCGGGCCUACCUGAACGCCAUGGCGGCCGCCAUGGCCAUGUGCAACGUGGAGCAGAUUCAGAAGGCCCCCUGCAUGGCCGAGAACGCCGACUGCAAGAUCGACAGCCAGGAGGCGCACGAAAUCUGCCUGCUGCCCAAGGACAUCGGACCGUGCCGGGGCUACUUCCCACGCUGGUACUACGACUCCACCAAGCGCAUGUGCUUGCAAUUCGUCUACGGUGGAUGCCGCGGCAACAGGAACCGAUUCGAGCGAUAUGCGGAGUGCAACAAAAUGUGCGAGGUCACAAUAUCACAGAUAACUCAAGGACUCCUGUCGCCUUCGGCACUGGGCCAAAGCUACGCCAUGAAAGACACCACUCUGCACGUCGAAAAGGGCCUUGUCUGUGCGCCCAUCGGCAAGCUCAACGGCAUGGCGCCGGUCAACGUGCUGCCGACGACGAGCGACGAGCCGACGUCGCCUGUCAUCGACUGCGUGCUGACGCCGUGGUCGCAGUGGGGGUCCUGCUCCAAGACAUGCGGCAACGGCCGUCGGGAGCGGCGGCGCAUGAUCAAGCUGAACCCGCAGAACGGCGGCAAGCCGUGUCCCAAGCGACUGGUCCAGAGACGAAAGUGCAAGGAGAACCCGCCAUGCCCGGUGGACUGCAUGCUGACGCCGUGGAGUGAGUGGCGUCCCUGCUCCAAGACUUGCGGACCGGGAGCCGUGCAGGAGCGACAUCGCACCAUCAAGCGGCACCCGAAGAACGGAGGAUCCAGCUGUGACGCCACUUUCGAACGGCGCUACUGCACGCUUCCACCGUGCGACUACCGCCGCCGCUAGCCGCCGGGAAGGCCGCUUGGCCAUCCCACCCGCAGCGGGACGGCGCACUAUCCUGUGCCAAACUGAAAGUUACCUGGUACGAGUACUUCAAGACGCCACCCGACACGACUGCACACAUAUCGCCUGGGCCUUCGACCUCUAUCCAGUUUUUUCUCUCGACCACCACGCACACGUCAACGAAUCGACUACCGCCUCUGCUAUCACGCUGCUGCGUAGCGCUGCUAUAGAACGCUGCUCUUAGACCGCAGAGCUCUGUAGGCUUACUCGCAUUCAGUUGUUCCCUUGAAGACGCAUCUCUCAACGCUGGUUAGCGAUGUUUUGCUGUUUCGAAGAUAGUUAAAGAAGAAAACGGUGCUGAGAAAACAAAGAAACCAGCUCCAUAUGGCAUCAAGCUCCUUCUCGCCGACUUGCACUACUACUGCUACUACUGCUGCUGCUACUACUCAUCUACGCUGCACAAGGUCACUGCACCACGUGACUCCUGCUCCACACGCUCGCUGAUUUCGCUGUUCCUUUCGCCUUUCGCCAAAGUCGGCGCACGCUGUAUAGAUAGACGUAAGGCUGCUUCGUAGGGCACAAUCGCAUUUCACUGAUCGUAGGAAUGCGUCUACCAAAGAACGACGUCGAGUGUACGCCACGUGCACAGAACGCCGAGCUUCCAUAUACGUUCGAGACUCAGCGAAAGGGGCCCGCAGUUGCCUCAAAACUGAGGCCGGAACAAUAAUGCAAGCAGGUGCCGCGGCUACUGCUUGCUUUUGUUCGAAGUAAUUGUUAGUAAUAAUCCAGUGUUCGUAUAAAAGAGUGUACGACGUUGUAAAAAAAAAGAGAGUCCCGGUGAAAUUCUCCCCGUGUGAUUAAUAAUAGCUCGUGUGUUGUGUCGUUAUGCUUUGUGUGUACUUCCAGCUUGCAUUGUAAAUAUCCCUUGCACCAGUUGGCUGGUCCGAAAGCAAGGUCGUUACAAGUUGGCAGCCUAUAUAAGUUCCUCGAUAAACGUGUGACACGUGAGCUUCCCGUUGAAAGAGUAAAGCGCGAAGAAACCUCUACCCUCAUUUCUGCCUAUAUUCUAAACGAUUGUCUGAGUACCAACGCUUCGGGAAGAAGGAAUGACCUCGGCUUGUUGCAGUACCGGAAGGCUCAGGUUUAUGGUGCACUGCUCAGACUGAUAUCUGAUCGUUUUCACUGUCGAUAUGACAGUACAUAUUUGCUGCUUACUUCAUGAAGCAUCUAAAUAAAGUAUGGACCCUUUGGACAUACAAGUUUUGACUACAUUCAGCGAUUAAGCACCCCUCGACGCAGCAUAACUGCAUAUGCUCGUUCGCAAGAGGUUCCCACGCCCAGCUUCUGUCUUAAGAAAUUAUCUCUCCAGUCAGAAGACAAUUUGAUUUAUGAGAAUUCUCUCGCUGGUGAACGGUUGAGAAAGACUAAGAUCAUUUCGCAAACCUGUGAGCUGCUACACUCAGAACAUAACGUUUUCUCCAUCCUUACGAGAACGCCUGUGCGGAAUAUAUAGGCGUGCUGAAGUCAAAGUACUUUGUCAUCAUCUAAUAACAACCGGGUUUCACUGAACCAGUAGCCGAAAGCGUUUUGUUUUUAGAAGUUUCCUACGACACGUGAAGCAAAAUCUCCGGUGGCACGAGAUAGAAGUUCACAUCCUUCCCCGGCUUGGAGCUCAUGAUCUGGUGCUAUCGGCCAAUCGUCAAAUUGAUCCUAUACGUUUCAUAUUGCAAAUGAUUACUGAAUUCAAGCGGUGUGACGUCUUGCGAAAACAUAUUUACGUUUUGGUCGGCGUCUUACUAUAGGACCGCUCAACAAAUGGUAGCACACUAUAAGACAUGGCACAGCAUUAAAGACUUUUUCAGUGUUCAACUUUUCCCCGUGAAAAGAAUGUGAAGGGGGGACAAAAUUAACGAUCCGUACGAUAUAACACGUUUGUGCAUGACGUCCCAAGAGCUCCCGCUAAAACGUUUUCAAGCCGAUAUCACGCGCCUCUAAUAAGAAUAACGAUACCGAAAACAAGAACUUAGUUGCCACAUGGUUAUCUUUCAGUGUACCGCAUAGCUUUCUAAACAUGCGUCCUGAGGCUCAUCCGUAAUCUACGAGACACUGUCGGACACUUCGCUGACCACAUGUAAGCUUUGUUUCUGACAUACACGUCAUAGAACUUGCAGCACUGCAAAGAUCCUCCCACUGUUUCCCGGUGUCCCCUGUAAUCUAAGUCCCGUCGUUCAUGGCAUGGCUCUGGGAUGUCUCAAGCCAAAAGAACAUCGGCCGCUUUGCCCGGUCAUCGCCAUUUCCACGUCUUCCGAACGCGCCUUCAAAAGUGACCGCGGCUAUUUUCGAGUUGGUCAAAGGCAGCUAAGAAAAGAAGGCUUCUUUUUCAAGCGCUUUCGCAUUUCUGCAUGUAUCUAUCUCUUUCUGUGUGUGUACAUGUUUAUUCUGUAAACGCAACUAAACAUAGGUGGUGCCUUUAUGAAAACGAAAAAAAAAAGGGGAAGGUCAUUCGCAUCCUUGUUGCCCCGUUUCAGUUCCUCAACUUUUUUUCUUCCCUUU